AUGGCGGAGGCACCGCCACUAGGAGGGGGCACGGACCAUUCUACUGCCGUGCAGCGUGUCAGGGCAGCAGUUAUGGGGGCCAUAGCCGUAGCUAGUGGCGAGGAGGGGCGAGACUGCCGGGGCGCCGAGCCUGAGGGUGGUUCCGUGACUCUGGGAGAGGAUGGGGGGGCGGCCAAGCCGUCCUUCAUGUCUACUUUCAAACGACUAGUCCAGGUCCAUAGUCCGGAGAUCUGUUUCCUUUGUGAGACCCGAUUAUCUGGCGACGGGCUCAGCCGUUUGAGACGACGCAUGGAGAGGGAUUGGGAGACCUAUGCAGUCGACUCCCAGGGGCUGUCGGGAGGCAUCUUGGUUCUGUGGAGGCGGGGUGUGGGGACAGUUGAUGUCUUCCACAACUGCUCCCAACAAGUAAUCAUGAUAGUAUCACGACCCGACGCUGCUCCAUGGGUACUGUGUGGUGUGUACGCUAGCACGGACCAUCGGGCUAGGAGAGUCCUCUGGCAGGAGAUCACCAACCUGACCGCCCAGGGCAUCCCGGCGGUAGCAAUUAGUGAUUUCAAUUGUAUCCAGAGCGAAAAUGAGAAGCGGGGGGGAGCUGCUUUCACGGAUCGAGUGGACAGGAGAGAGUUUCGAGACUUUGUGUCGCGGAACGGCCUAGUAGACUUGGGUUUCUCGGGACCACAGUUUACCUGGUGCAAUAAUCAGUUGGGUAGUGCUAGGGUUUGGGAGCGAUUAGAUAGGGCUUUUGCGACCCCUGAUUGGAUCCUCCGUUUUCCCACAGGCCGAGUUAGUCAUUUGCCACGGAUUGCCUCGGACCACUGCCCACUGCUACUGUCCACCUCAUCAGGCCCCACGCACUGCAGCCCCUUCCACUUUGAGAAGGUCUGGCUGUCGUACCCCCAGUCUUGGGAUAUUGUUCGCGAUGCGUGGCGGGCCCCGGUGCAUGGUGAUGCCAUGCAACGGGUCUCACGCAAACUUGAGCUGACCAAACGGCGCCUCCGCCGAUGGAACCGUGAAGUUGUGGGCGAUAUCUUUCGACGACUGGAGGGGGUUGAGACCUCGAUCGCUGAGCUGCAGAGAAAGGAAGACCUAGGAGGCGUGCUUCCGGAGGACGAUAUGGCCGAUCUCCGGGGACUUCUUGCGACUCACCAUUCGCUGCUACGGCAGCAUGAGAUUUUUUGGCGACAAAAAUCUCGGGUGCAGUGGGUAAGCGAGGGUGAUCGCAACACCAGGUUUUUUCACCGGUCGACGGUUAUCCGGAGACUGAGGAGCAUGAUCCACUCACUGCGAGAUGGAUCUGGACAUCGUGUGGAGGGCGAGCCUGCCAUCCGGCAGGUCUUACUCGAUUUUUUCCGAUCUAGAUGGACGGAGGAUGAGGAGGCCACUGAUGGGGACCCCUCUCUGACGGUGGAUGCAGGCAUUUGUGAUGCUGAGAGUGUAUCUCUGACCCGGCAGGUGUCGGCACAGGAGGUACAGGAGGCAGUCUGGGCCUUGGCAGUGGACAAGGCCCCGGGACCUGACGGUUUCCCCCCCUUUUUCUUUCGGCAGUAUUGGGGUAUUAUUCGACUCGCGGUGGUGGAGGCUAUCCAGUGUUUCUUUGCCCACGCAGCUAUGCCUGUGGACUGGAAGGCCACCUUCAUCACACUAAUACCUAAACGUCAAAAUGCGGCUGAACCUUGUCACUUUAGGCCCAUUAGCUUGUGCACAACCCUAUACAAGGUUGUGGCAAGAAUUAUGGUGGGCAGAAUGAAACCCCUCCUGCCUGGUAUCAUUUGCCAGGAGCAGGGGGCUUUUGUGGCCGGCAGGAAUAUUUCUCAUAAUGUCAUGUUGGCCCAGGAAAUGAUGUGGGAUCUCUGGCGAGCAUCGAAGCGGCACUGCCUGAUGGCAGUCAAGCUGGAUAUGGAGCGGGCUUACGACAGGAUCAGGUGGAGCUUUCUUCAGCGUGCGCUGGAGGCAUAUGGCUUUCCCAGGCAGUGGAUCGGCUGGGUUAUGGGGUGUGUCCGGGAGCCAAGGUUUUCUAUCUUGAUCAACGGCACGCCAACACCUUUCUUCGAGUCCUCCAUAGGACUACGGCAGGGAUGUCCCUUAUCCCCUUAUCUGUUUAUUAUCUGUGCUGAUGUUUUAUCUCGGUCUCUGCAGAGAGCGUGUGCUAGCCGGGAGCUGGAGGCUUAUGUCCCAGCCAUGGGGGCCCACCCUCUCACCCACUUACUCUUUGCUGAUGAUUGUCUUCUUAUGGCCAGGGCACGGACUUCAGCGGCUCGGGUUCUUCGCCGGGUGGUAGCGGCCUACUGCGCGGCGUCCGGACAGAGAGUGAAUUUUUCCAAAUCCACCAUCUCUUUCAGCCCCAGCACAGAGAGCGGAGUCAGACAGGAGAUCAGGGGGAUCUUGCAGAUACCGGAGCAGGAGGGGACACUUACCUACUUAGGUGUGCCUACUAUUGGCCGUAGGCUAUGGGUGGUUGAGUGUUCCGGUUUGGUGCAGCGUGUUCAGAGCAGGCUGGAGGGUUGGAGGGCGUCUUCUUUAUCCAUGAUGGGGAGAGUGACGCUGGUCAGAGCGGCGUUGGGAUCUAUACCGGUGUAUCUCAUGGCCAACACAGUGGUUCCAAAGUCGGUCCUGUUAAGGAUCGAACGCCUUCUUCGGAAUUUCCUGUGGGGGUCAUACGGUGGAGGUCAUGGCGUGCACCUGGUAGCUUGGGAGCAGGUUUGCAGGCCCACUAGUGAGGGUGGUCUGGGAGUGCAGUCCCUCAUUGAGAGGCGCGAGGCGUUCAUUGCUCGGCAUGCGGCUCGGUUCAUAUUAGAGCCACACGGCUUCUGGAGUCAGGUGAUGGCAGCCAGAUAUGGCCGAGGGGCUUCGGGGGUGGCACAGAGUGGUCGCCGAGUAUCCUUCAUGUGGCGUGAGAUCGGGAGGUACCUGCCGUCAGUAUCGGCACAUAUCAGGUGUUUGAUUGGCGACGGCCGUAGUAUUGAUGUGACCGGCGACUCAUGGGUGGACUCCUUGCCCCUGAGCAGUUGGCCGACUAUGUUUGACACAGAGGCAGCUGAGGGGCUACGGGUGUGCGACCUCCUAGCACCAGGAGGUGCAGAGUGGGAUGAGGCCAGACUCAGGCUAUUAUUCGGGGUACACCUAUCUGCGAGGAUUCGAUCCCUCCUGUUACCAGGAUGCGGGGGGCCAGAUGUCAGGGUGUGGGGCACUUCGAGCCGGGCCAGUGUCAGGCUGAGAGACCUCACGCGCGCCAUUCAGCCAGAGCACGAGCCAGGCCCGGAUAGCACGUGGAUUUGGAGAUCCGGACUUCACCCGAGGGUAGCUCUCUUUCUAUGGAAGGUGUUCUGGGACCGCCUUCCUACGAGAGCAGAGUUGAGCAGGCGUGGUUGGGGGAUCCCGGCUGAGUGCGGGACGUGUGGAGCUGAGGAGUCAGUGGACCACGUUAUCUUCCAGUGUACAUGGGCGAGGUCGACAUGGCAGUGGGCAGGGAUCCCGCAGGAGGCCCGGAGUGAGCGGCUACAGUUUCUCCGGGUGAUACGGCAGUGGUUAGCCAGUUUACAGACCCGUGAGGAGGGCAUUAGAGCUACUUGCACAGCACUUCAGAUCUGGCUGGCAAGGAAUGCCCGCACUCUCGUUUUGAAUGCCUCUUCCCUUUCAAGCCAAUUGUUUGUUAUUGAAACCUUGACUGAAAAUAAUUAUGUGAGAUGGAAACGAGACAUAGAAAUAGCACUCGGUCUCUUGGGUUUAGAUUUUGCUUUGGAGGAGCUGCCUUCAAAACCAACAUAUAAGAGCACUGUCGAGUCCAAGGCUGAGUAUGUCAAGUGGGAAAGAAUUAUCAAGCAUUCUAUAUCUAAUUCCACUAUACCGGACAACGACAAUGCUAAGAAUUUUUUGGAUGCGAUAGCACAAAGAUUUGUGGAGUCUGAUAAGGCUGAAACUGGAGACCUAAUGGAUAAAUUUAUGAGUAUAAAAUAUGAUGGUACUUGUGGAGUUAGAGAGUACAUUAUGAAAAUGCUGUACAUAAGUUCUAAAUUGGAAGCCUUCAAAGUAUCAAUUGCAGAGCAUUUUCUUAUCUAUCAUGCUCUUAAUAGCAUUUCCAGCCAGUUCAAUCAGCUUAAGAUUGCUUAUAAUGCUCAGUGUGACAAAUGGGAUUUGAAUGAUUUGAUUGCUGUGUGUGCCCAAGAGGAGUAUAGAAUGCGUCGUGAGACUGUUGAAACUGUGCAACUGACCUAUCAGCCUUCUCAGAACAAAGGAUCUUCUCACAAUCAUAAGGCUAAAUUCCAUAAGGGCAACAAGCCUCACUACAAUCAGCAGAACAGAGGGUCUCGAGGAUAG